AUGUUCGACAACACGCAGUACCCCUAUAACUGCUUUAAUUACGAUGGGGAUGAUUACCCUACCUGUAGUUCUGACGAAGAGAAAAAAUUCACCAGACCAGCAUACAGCUACAUUGCCUUAAUUGCCAUGGCCAUCCAGCAAAGUCCUUCAAAUAAAGUCACCCUCUCUGGCAUUUACGACUUCAUAAUGAAGAAAUUUCCUUACUACAGAUCAAAUCAAAGAGCCUGGCAGAACUCCAUCCGACACAACUUAUCACUUAACAGCUGUUUUGUAAAGGUUCCCAGAACAGAAGGGAAUGAGAAGGGAAAAGGAAACUAUUGGAGCUUUGCAACGGGAUGUGAAUCCAUGCUGGAUCUCUUUGAAAAUGGGAAUUACAGGCGAAGACGGAGAAGGAGGAACUUGAAAAGGGAACAUAAGGAGCAGAGACCAAACAGAGGGAAAAGUCCUUCAUCCCCUGAGAUGUCUUCUGUGGACUCUGCUUUAAACAACAUUUCCUCUUCUGAAAGUAAACAUGAAAGAAUUGAAUCGGGACCAAGACUACUUGAGCCUCGUGGGUUUGCUCCAACCAGCACGACCAACAGGCAGAGCCUAAGCAGUUCCUCCUUAGCAAAAUCGGAUUCUGAAAUUAAAUUCAGUAUCGAUUACAUUCUUUCAGCCCCCGACCCAUUACCUGUCCUGAGAUCUCAUAAUAUGCAAGAAAAUAAAUAUCAUCUACUGGAGGCCCAGCAAAUUAAUCUCCAGUUCUGGACAAUGUGA